CUCUUUCUCAAAUCUUCUCUUACUAAAAACCCCGGGAAAUGAUCCUUCACUGGCAAAACCUCUGCAACAACUUCUCUUUGAUUUUCCAUUUCUCAAAUUAUUUAUUGGUGGCAAAAAGCUUGUUUUCUCAAAAUCUCCCUCUUUAACAUUUCUUCACUUUUCCAUUCCACAUAGAAAGGGAAUUCUAGCCAUGGAAGUUUUUAUUCAACCUAGGUUUGUCAAUACAGAACCCUAAACAUUUGGCUUCUUGCUUUCUUAGUCACGCUCAUGGGGAAGAGGAAUAGCGUUGUCAUUUUAUCAUCAGAUGAUGAAGAUAAUGAAAGUUCACUCAGUUCGUAUCAGAGCUAUCCGAAACCGAAAUCGAGGAGGCCGUUGAUUACUCGUACGAAUUCUAGAGAACCGAAGAAGCCUCGAAUAUCUGGUACGCGGUCUCGCAUGAGCAAAGAAUGCAGCAAUGUGAAUGAGAUCACAUUUCCUUGCGGAGAUUUUGAUGAAUUUUUUUAUGGGUCCAAGGUAUCUGCUGGUUCUGGAAGGAACAACGUGAAGGAAUUAUGGGUUGAUAAAUACAUGCCUCGUUCUCUGGAGGAACUCACUGUUCACAAGAAGAAGGUUGAAGAAGUCAAAGCGUGGUUUGAGGAAAGAUUGAGAGAUUCAAAGGAAAAUCUUAAAAAUCAUGUGCUUGUCAUAACUGGGGAAGCUGGUGUUGGAAAAUCUGCAACUAUCCAUGUGAUUGCAUCUCAUUUUGGAGCCACAUUAUGUGAAUGGAAUGCACCUACACCCACGAUUUGGCAAGAACACUUGCAUAAUGCCAGUGCAGGGAUACACUACACAUCCAAGUUGGAAGAAUUUGUGAACUUCAUUGAAAAAAUAAGGAAAUAUGGAGUAAUUCCUUCAUCAAUUUCUGCCGAAUCAAAAUCACCAAUUAUACUCUUAAUUGAUGAUCUUCCUGUGACACAUGGAAGAGUUGCUUUUGAAAGACUUCAGAACUGCCUGCUACUUCUUGUAAGAUCAACUCGGAUACCAACAGCUGUAUUGAUAACAGACUAUGGUAAAGCUGAUUCAGCAGACCAUACUGCACGUUACAUGGAAGAACUUCAGUUGUCCCUUGAGAGUGCUGGAGCUUGUAAGGUUGCUUUUAACCCAAUUACAAAUAAUUCCAUUAGGAAGGCACUUUCAAGAAUAUGCAAACACGAGCAGUGUAAUAUGACCUCUGAACAGAUUGAUCUCAUAGCAAAAGCCAGUGGAGGUGAUAUCAGACAUGCAAUUACAUCUUUACAGCUUUUCUGUGUGAAACCAGAUCUGGGGCUUAGUGUGCCAUUGUGCAAUUCUGCUCGUAGUCACUCAGAUAGAAACUCAGAUGAGCUUGAUGCUUUGAUCAGUGGUUUUUCACUGCUUUUUGGUAGAGAUGAGACCCUCUCUCUAUUUCAUGCCUUGGGAAAGUUCCUGCACAAUAAAAGGGGAACUGAAGCUACAAUGGUAUUAGACCCAGAUGCAUUUUUUGUGCAUGACAAGUUUGCUCGGUUACCAAUGAGAAUGGAUGCUCCGGAGAAGGUUCUUUGCCAAGCACAUGGGCAAGCAAGGCCAAUUGCUGAUUUUCUGCAUGAAAAUGUUCCAGCGUUCUGUUUUCUUGCAGUUUUAGAUUUUAUAAGUGAUGAAGCAAUGGAUGCUGCCUGGGAUGUAGCUUCAUAUUUGAGUGAUGCAGACUUGCUUCUCUCAUCUUUCCAUGGAGUCUUGGCUAGAUAUAAUGAGGCCGAGAGUGUUCUGCAAUCAGCUGCUGCUUCAGUUGCUGUCCGUGGGGUGUUGUUUGGAAAUUCCAAUCCUUCACCUUCCAGGUGGCAUGCUAUUCGCAGGCCCAAACUUUGGCAGGUUGAGCAAGCACUGCCGCGGAAUCAGAAGGAAACUAUUCCGUUUCAAAUCAUAAAGCCAACGAAUAAGUGCAACCUUUUUUCCUCAAAUGCAACACAUGUAAUUUAUAAGAUGAUCUUGAACCUCAACAAGGAGCUUUUCUGACAGUUUCGAAGAAUUGGAAUCCCCCAUCCCCAAGCAGUAAAAGAAAAGAAGUUUUGGUACUCAUUUGCACUUGCUGAAAGGUUGCUUGAAAACUGUGUUUUUCUGACACCAUUGAAAUUAAGAAUUUCUACAUUGAACAGUUGCGCUGUGAGUCAUGAACUGUUAGUAAGGACUUGCUUUUCUGAGUCUUGCCCUGUAAGCAAGCAUUUUAAAGCAAAUUGCAUACUUGUUCUGUGAUCACCUUGUGAGCUGCAAUAUGGUUGCAUGCAGAAGUUGCAUGUGGCUUGCAUGAUGAACUUGACUCUUAAUAAGCCGCCUUCUAUGUGUUUAUGCAGAAAGAGACUAUGAGCCAAAGAUACAUUGCUAAUGGUGGAUCCAGCUUCUCUAGUGUGUCAGAUGUAGCUACCGAGCACCUUCCUGUGUUAAAAUGGCUUGGGCGUGGAGCCUCCUCAGGUGUUGAAGUUCAUCAUGUGCGUAUG